CGCGUCCCUGCCCGGGCCGCCCGGAGCUGGCCGGGUCGCGCCACCCGCGUCCGAGCGCCGUCCCCGCGGCCUGGGAGCCAUGCUCUGCGGGCGGUAAUGUCCGCGGAACAGGAGAAGGAGCCCACCGCGCUGAAGAGAGCCCGAGGUGGUGAUAAUGGACUGGAUGGGUUAGGAGGACCAGGUGUACAACUAGGAAGUCCUGAUAAGAAAAAACGAAAGGCAAAUACACAGGGCCCUUCUUUCCUUCCGUUGUCUGAGUAUGCUCCACCACCGAACCCAAACUCUGACCAUCUAGUGGCUGCUAAUCCAUUUGAUGACAACUAUAAUACCAUUUCCUACAAACCACUGCCUUCCUCAAAUCCGUAUCUUGGCCCUGGUUACCCUGCCUUUGGAGGGUAUAGCACAUUCAGAAUGCCGCCUCAUGGCCCCCCGAGAAUGUCUUCCCCUUACUGCAGCCCUUACUCACUCAGGACUCAGCCACACCCAUUUCCUCAGAACCCGCUGGGCAUGGGUUUCAAUCGACCUCAUGCUUUUAACUUUGGGCCACAUGAUAAUUCAAGUUUUGGAAACUCAUCUUACAAUAAUGUACUAAAUCAGAAUGUUAGUAUGCCUAAUCAACAUUUUAGACAAAACCCUAGUGAAAACUUUGGUCAGAUUCCUCCACAAAAUGCUAGCCAAGUAUCUAACCCUGAUUUGGCAUCUAAUUUUGUUCCUGGAAAUAACUCAAACUUCGCUUCUCCAUUAGAAUCUAAUCAUUCUUUUAUUCUGCCCCCAAACACUUUUGGUCAAGCAAAAGCCCCACCUCCAAAACAAGACUUUAGUCAAGGAACAACCAAAAACACUAAUCAAAAUUCAUCUGCUCAUCCACCUCACUUAAAUUUGGAUGACACAGUGAACCAGAGUAACACUGAAUUAAAAAAUGUUAAUCGAAACAAUGUUGUAAAUCAAGAGAGUAGCCGUUCAAGCAGCACUGAAACUGCAAAUAACAGCCAUGCAAAUGGGACACAGAAUAAGCCACCACAGUCUAGAGGUGGGGCCGAUGUGGGCCCCACUGAGAAAAGCAAUAAAUCUUCGCUGCACCCCAGCCGCCAUGGCCACUCGUCCUCUGACCCGGUGUACCCUUGCGGGAUCUGCACAAAUGAAGUGAACGACGACCAGGAUGCCAUCUUAUGUGAGGCCUCUUGUCAGAAGUGGUUCCAUCGGAUCUGCACGGGAAUGACGGAGACAGCUUACGGCCUGCUGACUGCAGAGGCGUCUGCAGUGUGGGGCUGUGACACCUGCAUGGCUGACAAGGACGUCCAGCUGAUGCGCACCAGAGAGACCCUGGGGCCCCCCGCCGUGGGCAGUGAUGCUUGAUCACAGGCAUGGACCCAUGUGGUGUUUUUCUGCCUGUGUAUUACAGACGUUUGGUGCCCAGAUUUUAGUAUUUUACAUUAUUUUUUAAAGUAACAUAAAAAACAUUAUUUAUCAUUUAGUUUUUUAUUAAUAUUCUACUUCAUUAGUAGUUCAGGUUUUGUAUUGUCUUCGUUGGCUAUUGUAAAUGAGAAAAAUGUAUGUGGGUGUGCUUUGGAAACAUUUAUAAAUAGAUGUUAGUUGUUAUUUAUCUUAAAAGCCUCUUGAAGCUUCAAAAUAAUAUAUAACAAUUACAGGCCAGUGUUAACUUCUUAAAGUUAGAAUCACUGAAAAUUGUAUAUUUCAGUAAUGACUUUUGGCCAUAGCACAUUACACAUUUAGUUCACAAAGUCUUUCAAAGAUGCAUUUGACAUAUUUUCCAAACAUAAUAUAUGUGUCUGUAGCACAGCAUAUAUAUCAGUGGAUUUUUAAAAAAUAAUACAGUGUGCUCUUCCACUAGGGUCUUUAAAAUUAGUGACUUUCAUACUUUCAGGUAAGUCUUCCCAGUGUAUCAACACAAAUAUGAGGUAGAAACAGAUUGUAGCAUAAAGCGGAUUUUCAGUAAGUUCUUGCUUAUUAACUUAUGGAUUGUACCACAUGAAAUUGCUAAUAUUAGAUCAAUUGAAAAUUGACUACAGUAAGUAAAGUUGACAUAAAGCAUGUUUCUAGUUGAAUUAUUUAGAAUUAUAAUAACAUUAUGUUCUUAAUUUUUCUUUACUCCAUGUUACUGUUUUCCAGAGAAAUAACUAACACAGUGUUCUCAGAAGAAUUGCAAACAUUUUCAUUUAUAUGAUUUAUAACUGGGACAUACUGCAAAUGAGGAAAGUCUUAGCGGGCUCUGCUAGCAAAAGAGCUACUCAGUAGUAGUGUGAAAAAUCUUGGUCUGAGGAUCUGAAUUUCUAAAGUAAACUUCAGAGAACAUCAAAAUCCCAUUUUAGACAGAUGGCUAAUUAACAGCCAAGAUGAAAGCUAACUUUGAAAACCUUGCUGCAGGCUUCAGAAUUUCUCCUGUUACUGGUGAAAGUCUGAAAAUGGACCAGAAAGUACACCAUCAGAGAACACAGACGAAAGUGUGCUCAGUAAAAUUCAAAACAGCAGAAGCUCAUUUGUAGCGCAGACCAUAACCUGUGGCCAAAUAACAAAAAAGAAGAAGCUACUGUGUGACAGCCGACAGCAAGCCCCACAGUGGUUGGAUGCUGAUGAAGCUCUGUAAUAGUGCACUGCUCCAGUCACCAGGACCAGAAGUUCUGAAGGCUGUGGCAAUCUGUUAAAGAGAUAAUUAAUACAGGGCAAACUUGGGGGAGCAAUGACAGUAGCAGCAUGUUUUUAAAAAUUUAAAUUGCAUAUGUACAGUUUCGUUCAUGAACAUCUUUUGGUUGACAAACACAAAUCCAUACUUUAACAGGACAGGACUUCACCUCAUGUCGCAAGCCACUCAAGCAAAGCCUGGACUGUGAGGUUCUAUCACAUCCGUCAUAGCUACUGGAGCUUUAGCUAAAGAAUUACCAUCUUGGGGCCUGGAGAUUUAGCUCAGUGGCAUAAGCGCCUGCCUUGCAAGCAGGCAGUCAUGAGUUUGAUCCCUAGUACCGAUAAAAAGGAAAAAGACAAGAAAAAAAAAAAAAAAAGAACUACCAUCUUUUUUAUCCUUGGAGCUUUUUCUAAGAAACAACACAGCUGGGCGUGGUGAUACACGUCUGUAAUCCCAGCACUCAGGAGACUAAGGCAGGAGGCUCACCACAAGUUCAAGGCCAGCCUACAGUACAUAGGGAGUUCAAGACCAGCAGCUUGAACUACAUAAUGAGCCCCUCUCUCUCAAAAAAAGAAAAAAAAAGGGAACACACUUCACAACUGAGAAGCAGUAACUGGAGGAUUUGAACAGUUUAUACAGUAGAAAAAUAAUUUUAUGAAAAUUAAAUAUUUAAUAUCAGAAAAAUGCUGAUCCACAUUUUGAUUGAAUAAAACUUUUUAAUGGUUUUUUUACUUACAAAAUAGCAAUUUCAUAUGGUACAAGGUAAUUCAAGAUUUUCUUCAUUCAUUCUUGACUAGAGGUGUGUACAAAGGUAUUUCUAGUAGUUGUAUGUGUGUAUCAUUAUUAUUUUAAGAAAUGAAAUGCUACAAACUUCAACACCAGGUAUUCCUUUGUCUGAAGGUAUUACCAGUUGAAGCAGAUUAUGAUGCAGUAUUUUGGACUGUCUCUCACAUCGAUGGUCUUUAGAACAUACUUGAAGAUUGAUCAUAUUGUGCUUACAUUGUAUAAGUAAGGAUCUACCUAGUCUUGUUUUGUUUUUUUGAAAUUCCUUUGAGUGUUGCAUGCUAUAAACCUACUCCUAGUGUCAGAACAUAGCUUUUUAAGACUCUGCAUAGAACUAGGUUUUGUUUUUUGUGGUGCAGGGGAUUGAGCCCAUGGCAUUCCGAGGCCACACACUCUACCAACACGAUGUAUCUCCGCCCACAGCUGGAUGUUUGGAGCUCACACCUACAGGGCGGUACUGAGCUGUGCUCAUCGUUGAUGUUGAUUUUAUGCAGUUAAGCCCUUUAUUGCUUAUAGUUUCGGUAAUUAGCUGUUUUCAUUAAAAAACGAAAUGGCCUCUCAAGACAGUCUAAAGAUAUUUGAUUUAUAAAGUGAUUCUUUCAUUUUCGAGUCUCAAGCAAUUGUCUAUUUAAAACACACAGGCCAGUGACUAUUUAUUCAAGUGUUUAGGUUUUCAAAUCCCCUUAUGUAAAUAAGAAGUUUUAAAUAUUCUAAAGAAAAGCACGGCUGAGUCUCACAUGAGUCACAGCUAAACUACAGUCAUACCUACCAAAUGUUUGCAUGUGUUUAAAUUAAUUUUCUUACUACUUCCACACUUGUCCAGAGUUACAUAGAUACUUUUGGGUAAAAAAAGUGAACUGUGAGUAUGGCCAGAACAUUGGCCUUGUUUCACCCAAACAAGACUGUUACGCAAAUCGAUAGGGCAUUUUUAGGAAAAGCAAUGAGCUGCCCUCAACUUUAAUAGUUUUUAGUCAUGGAAAGAAAUAUAUGUAGGGUUAGAUUUUGGGGGGGACUCUACUUUUCCUGCACUCAAAGGCCUCAUCUCAUGCACACCUAUGUACAAGGACACACACACUGUUGAGUAGGAAAGCUGAUUUCCUCCUAUGUUCCCAGAUUGUGCUGCAGUUCAGCCCAUUACCGUCUAGGCUCAUGGGCCGAGGCCUGGUGACUGGUGAAUUUGCUCACCUGGAUUCCUGGUGCGUAUGCUGCUAGAGGAUACUGGAUGCACUAAAGCUGAGAGGGCUUAGUUUGUAAAGGAAGUUGUUCUUCGGAAGAGUACUGAGAUUUCUGAUCAGUAUUUUCCUAUUGAAUGAAAUACUUUACAGUACUGCUAGUAUGAUUCUUGUUAUUCAUAAGAGGAGGUUAUACACAUGAAACUGAAGAUUUUUCUUGGGCUAGUGCUUAUGCCUUAUAAAUAAGCACAAUAUAAAAAAAAUCCGUAUUGGGCUUUUUUUUGGUGGUUUUUUGUUUGUUUGUUUGUUUGUUUGAGUUUUUUUAAGACUCCCAACUGAGCCUAGUGGUAGAAAGUAAAAUACAGCAUGUCACUAUAAAAUCUGCUGACCUUAAUCAUCCGCAUAAAACAAGUAUCAAGAGUCUUCAUAAGACUGUGUCUUUCAGACUUAAGUGUCUUGAACAAAUUAAAGUGUUAGUGCUUACUAUUCAGCAUACUAGUUGUAUUUAACAGUAAAAAAUAUAAACAAUUUUUCUAACAAUGAUUGUGAAAAAAGGAGUUCUAAUAUGUUUUGGAUUUCUUUUUUCCAGUAUAUAGAGGUUUCAUAUGCAUGAACAUUUGUGCUGUUUUAAAGGUUUUAAUUUAAAAAGUUGAAAGCAUCCAGGCUCCCAAAGUCCAUUUGUAAAUAGUGGCUUGGAUCUCAAUAUAAAAUGAUUAGAUUCUUAGGGAAGCUCAUAAAGGCUUGUUUAAACUGUAGUGUAGUCAACUGUUGUUAUCACACUAAAUUCUUAGUGUUCUUUAGUGAGCCAGUCAGUGUAAAAGAAGCAGAAAUUUUUCCUUGACAUGAUUAAGAAGGUUAAGUUCUUAAUGUGGUUUAUUUCUCAGUUGCUCUAUUACCAUCUAAAUUUUCUAGUGGAAUGCUGUAUAAACAGACUUGGCUUUUCCCCUCUGAGAACCUAUGUGCCUCAAAAUUUCCCAUCUUUCCUCUGAUCAGAAAUUCUGAGCUGGGUGUGGUGGCACACACCUGUAAUCUCAGUGUGGGGGGGGGGUGAGGCAGGAGAAUCACUGUGAGUUUGAAGACAGCCUGAGCUACAUAGUGAGACACUUGUCUCAAAAAAAACUUUUAAAAAUUCUGUUUCUUGGGGCUGGGGCUUUAGCUCAGCGGCAUAAGCACCUGCCUUGCAAGCAGGCAGUAGUGAGUUCGAUCCCUGGUACCAAAAAAAAAAAAAAAAAAAAUCUGUUUCCUGCAUGAUGUCAGUUGGCUAGAUUUUGAAAGAAAAGUAUUUUUUCUGCUGAAAUAUGAAGUUAGCAGAGAAAAUGACAAUAAAUUUUCUUUUUAAAAAAAGGAUCUUCGGGGGCUGGGGAUUUAGCUCAGCGGCAUAAGCACCUGCCUUGCAAGCAGGUGGUCAUGAGUUUGAUCCCCGGUACCGAUAAAAAAAAAAAAGGAUCUUCAGAAUGAGUCUUUAACAUUUGACACUUUAGACAGUAUGACCACAAUUCACGUACCAUAGGAAGCAAUAUUUUUAACAAAUAUGCUGGUACUGUCUUACCCUUCAAUUGUUUGUGACUUUUCUUUUUUUACAGCCUGCUGUCUUCUAGUACUGUACUCAGAGAUUUCCUUAUUUCCAAAUUUUAGUAACUUUUCCUUUCUCUUCCACUUAGCUUGUUGAUCACUAUAAAAGUCGCCUCUACAUUUUCCAACUUCUUUUGGUACAGCAAUGGGGGUUUGGCACAUUCUGCAGGGAGGAGAGGAGGUAUAGCAUUAACUUCUGGCAAGACAGGAGAUGGGGGAUGGAGGGAGGAAGUGGCUCUCAGACACCACCAUGCUUAAUUACAAACUUAAUGAUGCCCAAUGGAGAAGCUCUGUGUUGGUCGUAUUUUAUCAAUUUACAUUAUUGGAACAAUAUUAAAAUGUACUCACAAUACCUGUGCUUUUCUUGUUCUAUAGAUGCGUAGAUGAUGUUGCUUGUUAAGAUGUUAUCUUUUAUAAAAGAAAGUCCUGCUUCUUAUCAUGAUGUAUGUGACUUAAAUGAUUGUUUCAUAUUAAAACUAUUUCCUCCUUAUGUACUGUUUACAUAUACCUCCUUUUGGGAUAUUAGUUCAGUACUUUUAUACAAAUCUGAGUGUGUUCCACAUUGGUGACAUGUAUUUUUGCAGUAAUUUUUUUGUUUUGUUCUUAGAGCAUGUCUAAAGUAAUACAUGCACUAGUGCUGUGGUCUGUGACAAAAUUACUGUAAUUCAAAUUGGAAAAUAAAAUGUUUCCAGACUUUGUCCAACAUUUAUUCCUAUGAGAAAGGAAAUUACUAUGUAAUACUAAUUAUUUCUUAUGCUGGUAUGUUUUAAGCUACUCUAUGAAGUAUGUGAAACACCAAUAUUUAUGGAUUAGUAGAUGGGGGCUGGGUAUUUAGCUCAGCGGCAUAAGAGCCUGCCUUGCAAGCAGGCAGUCGUGAGUUCAAUCCCUGGUACCGAUAAAGAUGAAAAAAGACAAAAAAAAAAAAAAAAAAAGAUGGUCUGAUGUCUUUGAAAUGUGAGAAAGAAGUAAAAUUUGGUGUUAGCAAUUCGUGACACUCAUAGUAAAUACUUAUUUAAAAUUUGAUCUAUUUACAGGUAUACCUUACUAAAGAGUUAUCUUAACUGACAGUGCAUAUUAGGACUUUUGAAAACCCAUGCUAAUAUUAUACAGCAGGCUUUGAAUUUAAAGUAGAUAGUUCUCAACCAAAUAGUAUCAUUCACUCUGUCAUAAGCAAAUAAUAAUACAAAUCUUCAUUUAUUAAGAAAUGACUAAGAUACUAUAAAACUUAAUUAGAAUUUGUAGUCGUGAUACAAGGUCUUGAAUACUGUUUCCUUUGUACUAUCUGAUAAAAGGAUUUGUUAAUAAAAGUAAUAAUCAAGACUUGAAAGAAAAAUUUAAUUUUGAAGACAGUUUUAAAUUUUUUUAGACUUUAGAGUCAUUUAAGAACACUAGUUUAAAAGCAUUCUUGUUUUGUCAUUAAAACAAGUACCCAAGAUUAUUUUAAUAGGUAAUACUUGGCCAAUGGAAUUUGUAUAUUCGAAAUUAUAUGCUUGAAAGAAAAAAUACUUGUGAGUGCUUAAACUGAAUAUCUUUUAAAUAUUCAUCUUUUUAGACUUUUAUCAAUUCACACUAUUCUGAAUAAAGUUUUACUACAGUGAGUAUAUUAUAAAGUAAAUGUGUACUUGUGUUAUAUUAAUAUUCUUAUACUGCAUCAUAUUUGGCAUGGUGGUUGUGGUAUAUUUUAUAUUUUUGAUUGUUGAUAGGAUAUAGCAAUAAAUCUUAGUCAAUAUUUUUAAAAAUACCAGAUACUGUACCAUGUCAUAAUCUGAUUAUAAUUGACUUGAAUACUCAUAUUUUCAGAGGUUUAUUGUGUUAAAAAUUUAGUGUUAUAUGUUGGUUUGCUUUUGUCUGAUAUUUUCACAUAAAGUCUUUUGAAAUUUGGUAUAAACAAGUAUUAAUCUGAAAUGACUCAUGAACUACUUUAUGGUAAUAUUUAAAUGUGAGAAAUUAGAUCAUCCCAGUGCUCGAUUCAGCAGCACAUAUACUAAAGUUAAAUCAUCCCAAAUUAUUUAUUUUUAUAGUUUAUAUGAAAUUACAAUUUUAAAAGGAAUAAAAUUGGCUUUGUAAUUGAUAAAAAUUGGAUAAUUUGUUUAAAAGUUCGAGUGUUAAAUUAGUUACAUACCUGACUCUGAAAUAAUUAUAGAAAUUACUACAAAUAGUGGUCAGUUCUCCUUUUUUAUUUGAGAUAAUUAACUCUUACCUGUUUCUCUCUUCUGCUCCUGUUCACUUUUCCCUAAACACUAUGUUAGUAUUUAAAAUUGUUGUUUAAUUUGUUUUCUGUGUUUUUGUUUUUUAUUCUGAAAUAGUAAGACAAGUAGAGGUUCUGUUGUUGAGACAGCCCAUGUCAUUGUUGGCCAUUCUUUUCAGGGAUGAUGCUAAUGUCAUUUGUGCAUUGUAUAAAGAAUGUCAGUAUGUAGACCUACUAUUGUAGAAAUGAUGUAUGGCAGGCUUUCUUGACUAUGUAUUGCGAGUUUGUUUCCUUUAGAGUCUUUUAAAUAAAGCUAGUUUUUAAAGACAAAA